CCCCUCCUAAGGAAAUAAAAUAAAAAAGCAAUAGCUGCGCACGCACAACUAGAGCGCGAAUCACUCUUUCCACAUUCCCCAAGAUUCAACAACUCCUCUCUACUAAAAUCCUCCACAACUGGGUCUGACUGUUUGAGUUGGGUUCCCUAACACUCAAUUUUGUUGGUGCCAAUCCUCACACAACAGUUUUGGUGGGUGAACUUGAUUAUGUUGGAGUUAAAACAAGUGCGCUAACCAAAUUGGACCCAUUUGACUUAUGAAGUAUUCUUUGGAUUUAGGAAGCAGGUAGGAAGGGAAUUCAAAGAGAGAGAGAGAGAGAGAGAGAGAGAGAGAGUUAAUGGCUAGUCCAACAACAGAGGACCACCCUCCUCACAUUGGAAUUGACGGUAUAAAUGAGGAAACUCAACAGAUUUCUGAAAAGGAUAUUGUUUUAGAGAAAGGAGGAGAGAAAGAUAUGGCUCCUUUGCCUGGGAGCUCAUCAAUUCAUCGGUCAUCUUCUCGCCCACAGCUAGAUGUUAGUGGUGCUGCAAUUCAGGGCAAUUUUGAGGAGAAGGAUCCCACUAUUCUGUUGCCUAAUCAGUCUGAUGAUAUUUCCCAUCUGGCUCUGGAUAUUGGUGGCUCUCUUAUCAAGCUGGUUUACUUUUCAAGACAUGCCGACCGACAGGUGGAUGACAGGAGAAAAAGAAAAGUUAAGGAGAGAUUGGGUGUUUCUAAUGGCAGCAGGAGAAGUUAUCCUAUCCUCGGAGGGAGGCUUCAUUUUGUGAAAUUUGAGACAUCAAAACUUAAUGAGUGCUUAGAUUUUAUAUAUUCCAAGCAACUUCACCGUGGUGGGAUGGAUUCACGAUGUUGGCCUUCUGAUGCCCCACAAAGUGAAAAUGCAGUAAUUAAGGUAAACAUCAUACUUGUCAAAUUGUGUGACAACCUCAUCUAAAAGUUUAAAUCACGA